UCUUUUUAGUGCACUGAUGCCAAGAGUAUUGUUGAGAGGGCAGGGUUGGGGUUCAGGAAGAAAGAAAUACACAGUUUGGGCUCCAAGUUGGGGCUUCCUCUGCCAUAGGCUGGUAAAUAGCUGCUGUCUGGAAGCUGGGUGGCCAGGCCCAGCAGUGUGACUAAGAGAGCAAGUGGGGCUGUGUCUAAGGCAGAAGACGAAGGGCCUUAUGGGUUAGUGUUUAAAAAAAAAAAGAAGAGAGAGCGAGAGAGAGGACCCGCUGUCUCCGCAGGGUGGAGAGGAAACGCCAGGACGGAGGGCAGGUUAAAAAAAAAAAAAGAUCCCUGAGUAACUACAAAUGCAGGAACAUUUUAACAUUCCACGGUAAAGAAGCUUUACCAGCAUGUCUGCCUACUACAGGAACUAUGGCUAUGAGGAAGAUCCAGAUUACCCUGAAUAUUCAGGAUCUCAGAACUGGACAUGGGGGGAUUUGAAAACUCAGGAUUCUCCAGAUUCUCCAGGUGUUCUGAACAACUCAGACUACCCUGGCAUCAGGAACAACCCAUACUCUGAAGACUCCAGAACAACGUCAGACUAUCCCAGGUCUCUAGCAGACCCAGAUUAUCCUAGAUCUUGGAGUAAUCCAGAUCAGCCUGGCACCAGAAACACUCCAUUCUCUACUGGUUCCAGACGAAGUUCAGAGUAUCCUGGGUCUCUGGCAGAGCCAGAUUAUCCUGGAUCUCAGAGUAAUCCAGGCUACCCUGGCACCAGGAACAAUCCAUACUCUGCAGGCUCCAGAAGAAGUUCAGACUAUCCCAAAUUUCUGGCAGAGCCAGAUUACAUUGGAUCUUUGAGUGAACCAUACCAUCCAGUCUCAUUCAGAGAGCCAGACUACUCUAAAUCCCAACAAAAUUCUGAUUUUGCAGGUUCCAGAAGCAGUAGAAACUAUGCAGGCUCCAGAACAAAUCCUGAUUAUCUGGACUCUUUGGGAGAACCAGACUACCCUGGAGUUCAGGGAAACUCUGACUACCCUGGCUCCAGAGCCAUGUCCAACCAUCCAGGCUCUAGAAGGAAUCCAGAAUUUGCUGGUUCCAGAAUCAAUCCAUACAUAGACACUCUAGGAGAGCCUGAUUAUCCAGGUGCUGAGAAUCAACCUAAUUCUCCAAACUUUUUUGGGGAACCAGACUAUCCCAGGACUGAGAAUUAUCAGAACUCUCCAAACUUUUGGGGGAAGCCUGAUUACCCAGCUGCUGAGGAUGGUCAUGAUUAUGGCUCUUCUGAGACUUCAGAAACGACUAGAGAGGUAUUCAGUAGAACAUCUUCAAUCCAGCCCUCAUUUCGUCGUAGGGGUGAUAGCCCCUCGGGCAUCUUUGGGAGAAAGAAUGAUGAUUACCCUGAAAGCAUUGCAAUGAAAUCCAUGGAGACGGCAAAUCCAUAUGACUCUGUGCCCGGGGCUCCUGGCAGUGGCUGUGUGAACCCUGCUUCUGUGGGUGAAAGUAACCCCCGCCCAGUUUAUGGAAACCCACCAUUGUCUGGAUGUGACUGGCACAAGUCACCCCAAGGACAAAAGUUAAUCGCAUCUUUGAUACCAAUGACCUCUAGAGACAGAAUUAAAGCCAUCAGGAAUCAGCCAAGAACCAUGGAAGAGAAAAGGAACCUUAAGAAAAUGGUUGACAAAGAGAAAAGUAAGCAAUCCCACCGUAUCCUUGAGCUCAACUGCUGUGCUCAGUGUCUGAACUCCAUUUCACGGGCUUACCGUAGAUCUAAGAACAGCCUGUCAGAACUGCUCAGUUACAUCAGCCUAUGGCAGAAGACGUUCAAGGUCAUUGGAGGCAAGUUUGGAACGAGCGUCCUCUCCUAUUUUAACUUUCUGAGGUGGCUUUUGAAGUUCAACAUUUUCUCGUUCAUCGUGACCUUCAGCUUCAUCAUCAUCCCUCAGUUUACUGUGCCUGAAAAGAACACCCUCCAAUUCACCGGAUUGGAAUUUUUCACCGGGGCGGGUUAUUUUCAGGACACGGUGAUGUACUAUGGCUUUUACACCAACUCUACGGUCCAACACGGGAGCAGUGGGGCACCCUACAACAUGCAGCUGGCCUACAUCUUCACAAUCGGAGCGUGUUUGAUCGUCUGUUUUUUCAGUUUGCUAUUUAGCAUGGCCAGGUAUUUCCGGAACAACUUUAUUAACCCUCACAUCUACUCCAGAGGCAUCACUAAACUUAUUUUCUGCUGGGACUUCACCAUCACUCAUGAAAGAGCUGUCAAGUUGAAACAGAAGAAUCUUAGCACGGAGAUAAGGGAAAACCUGUCAGAAAUCCGUCAGGAGAACGUCAAGUUAACGCUCAAUCAGCAGCUGAUCCACGUGUUGGCCCACCUGGCAGCCUGGGUCGUCUCUACUGGAGUGGCCAUUGCCUGCUGCGUAGCUGUUUAUUACCUGGCUGAGAACAACUCAGAGUUCCUGAAGAACCACCAGAACCCUGGAGCAGUGCUGUUACUGCCUUUCCUCGUGUCCUGCAUCAACCUGGCAACGCCACGCCUCUACUCCCUGUUCAGGCUGGUGGAGAGGUAUGAGACGCCGAGGCGCGAAGUCUACAUCCUCCUCAUCCGAAACAUCUUUCUGAAAAUAUCAAUCAUUGGAAUCCUUUGUUACUAUUGGCUCAACAUUGUGGCCCAGGCUGGUGAAGAGUGUUGGGAAACUCUCAUUGGCCAGGAAAUCUACCGGCUCCUUCUGAUGGAUUUUGUAUUCUCUUUAGCUGAUUCCUUACUGGGGGAAUUCCUGAGGAGACUCAUUGGAAUGCGGUUUCCAAUGAGCCUUGGUUUACAGGAGUUUGACAUCGCCAGGAACGUCCUAGAACUGAUCUAUGCACAAACUCUGGUGUGGAUUGGAACCUUCUUCUGCCCUCUGCUGCCCUUUAUCCAAAUGAUUACUCUUUUCAUCAUGUUUUAUGUCAAAAACAUCAGCCUGAUUAUGAAUUUCCAGCCUCCGAGCAAAGCCUGGCGAGCCUCACAGAUGAUGACUUUCUUCAUCUUCUUGCUCUUUUUCCCAUCCUUCACCGGGGUCCUGUGCACCCUGGCCAUCACCAUCUGGAGAUUGAAACCUUCAGCUGAUUGUGGCCCAUUUCGAGGUCUGCCCUUCUUCAUUCACUCCAUCUACAGCUGGAUCGAUACCCUGAGUAAAAGGUCCGGCUACCUGUGGGUUGUUUGGAUCUACCAGAACCUCAUCGGAAGCGUGCACUUCUUUUUCAUCCUCACCCUCAUUGUGUUAAUCAUCACCUAUCUUUACUGGCAGAUCACAGAGGGAAGGAAGAUUAUGAUCAGAUUGCUCCAUGAACAGAUUAUUAAUGAGGGCAAAGAUAAAAUGUUCCUGAUAGAAAAGUUGGCCAAGCUGCAGGAUAUGGAGAAGAGAGCAAACACCAGCUCGUUCAGCAUGGAAAGGAGGGAUGUAGAGCAAACAAGCCCUUUGCAUGUCAGGGAACACAAUGCUGCUCAUGACCUGCGAUUUAGGCGAUCAGUUCAAGAAGAGAAUCCAAAGGUGUAAUGUUUAUUGCGGCAGCCACACACCCGUCAAAUGAAAAUACCAAGAUGGAACAACUUCUUACAUGACCCCUGGGCCUUUUGGAGCUUCCCAGGAGGGAAUUUAAAUCAUUAGCCAGGAGCAGAAACUGACCACAGUGUAAAUGCUGAAGUAAAUUUGGCCAUUUCCUGCUGGUUUUUUAUACCUGGAUUGCUGAUUUCCCAAGAUAAAAUAUUUGGGAUUUUAAAAUAAAGACUAUUGUAACAUUUAAA